CAUCUUAGUGCAUGAUUAUCAAUCCUGAUACUAAAUUUGUGAGUAACCUUUCACAUCCCCUUGCAAAUUGCUGCUGGAGGAUAAAAAGAAACAUAAUUCAGGAGAGUGAAUGCUUGAGCAUUAUAAGUAGAACCCAUACAGCUCGGGAAAUGGGUACGACUGGAAUAUACCAUUUUUGCCAAGUAUUGAAGAUAAUUCCCUUCCAGUCCUUCAGACAAGCAAACAGAUAUGGGCCUGCUAUCGAUUUACUGUUGAAGCGUUGCACUAUGAGGAUUUGCAGGAUGGUUCGUAUGGCGAGUGUGCUGGGUUUGGUGAUGUUAAGCGUCGCUCUGCUUAUUUUAUCGCUGAUCAGCUAUGUCUCACUGAAAAAGGAUAACUUCUUCGCUACCCCACGAUAUCAAGGUUCAGCCGGCCCUAGGCUCUAUAUGUUACACAGUGGAUUUCGGUCACAGUUUUCUUUGAAAUUCCUGGAUCCUUCUUUUUUGCCAGCUGGAAGUGGCCUUAACGACAACACUCGUGCCAAACCCGGAAAAUGGGCCUUCAACACAACUUCCUUUUUAAAGCAAAGGAAGGAGAUCAGUCGCUAUGUCGACAUUUAUAAAAAUUUCACCUUGCUUAAGAAAAGCGUGCGAGUAGGACAGUUGCUGCAUUACGAUUACUCUAACCACAAAUACGUUUUCUCAGUCAGCAAUAGUUUUCGAUCAUUGCUCCCCGACGUCACCCCCAUUUUAAAGAUGCAUUAUAACACAUGUGCGGUGGUUGGUAACAGUGGGAUUCUAAUCGGGAGUCAUUGCGGAGCUGAUAUCGAUAAAACAGAUUUCGUGUUCCGCUGCAAUUUCGCCCCAACUGAAUCUUUUGAGAGAGAUGUUGGCAAAAAGACGAAUCUCACGACAUUCAACCCAAGCAUCCUUGAAAAGUACUACAACAAUCUGUUAACAAUCCAGGAUCGAAACAAGUUUUUCCUGAAUCUGAAGAAGCUGGAUGGAGCCAUUCUUUGGAUCCCUGCCUUUUUCUUCCACACUUCCGCUCCGGUGACAAGAACGUUAGUAGAUUUUUUUAUAGAAUAUAGAGCACAAUUGAAGGUCCAAUUGGCUUGGCCUGGGAACAUAAUGCAGCAUGUCAAUAAAUAUUGGAAAACCAAACAUCUAUCCCCAAAGCGUCUAAGUACAGGCAUCCUGAUGUAUACACUCGCGUCGGCCAUCUGCGAAGAGAUUCACUUGUACGGAUUUUGGCCUUUCGCAUGGGAUCCUAACACUGGAAAGGAAUUGCCAUAUCAUUACUAUGACAAAAAGGGGACAAAAUUCACAACCAAAUGGCAAGAGUCCCAUCAACUACCAGCAGAAUUCAAGCUGUUGUUCAAGCUACACAAUGACGGCUUGACUAAACUGACUCUCUCACGUUGUGUCUCUUGAUAGGAUGCUUUUGAAGUGCCAAGUUAUUCCUUGUUCUCAUUCUUUGUUCCGUUUUUGAUUCCACAUGCAUUUUGUACCCAAUGCGUUGAGAUCUCUAUAGGCGACGCUUCGUGAUACAUUUCUCAAAGUAAUCCCAACAGCUGUGGCACUGACGUGUUCGUGAGUUUUCGUGUACUGUGGUAGUAAAGCAUUUAUUUUAUCUUGGGAAGUGGCCGCAAGCAUUUGGAGCAGAAUUUGGGGGUGGGAGUGGUUCCCAUUAAUUGGAAGAUUGAAUAUAUUGAACCAUUGGAACCUGAUUAUAGAUGUCAGUUUAGCAGUUACCAGUGGCGACAGAAUGUGGGCUGGCGACAUUAGGCCUUCCCACUGGAGCGCGGGCAGUGCAGGUCUCAAAAUUCUCUAAGCCUGGCAUUUUAAAAAAUGGCACCCAAUCAAAUUAGACAUGGAUAAUAAAUGCUGGCCUUGCUACGGAUGCCCACGUCCCACCCUUAAAUAAUUCUAUAUUGCUACCACUCAGAUCGUUUCCCACGAUGCAUUGAGGAAAAGUAUUGAAGUCAGGAAAAUGUGUCCCAAUGAUUUCGCUCGAGCACUUCUGAUAUCUGACCUAUCAACCUAUUUCAAUGGUGCCAGCGUCGUGAAACCACAGUCCGCUUGGUCGGUGCGCUCAGCACGGGAGUUACUGCAAUCAAUUUGCGCGAGGUUGUUUUUUUUUGUUGUUGAAGUUUUAGGUCAAUUUGUUACAUCUUAACAUUAAACAGCGAGUGAGCUCCAAGUAUCCUGUCAACUUAAAAGACCGAGUUGCCCGUAGAGUAAAGUGCAAACCUGCAAUAAUUUAGAUCAUCAAUGAAUACGGUCCAAGCAGUAAAGGCUCGACAAAACACUUCUAAUAGAGUUGGGAGAGUUUAGCUGAAAGACACGGUCUCGUAAAAAGUACAUGAAUUGUUUAUUUAAGCAUAUCCAUAAAUGGAAUGCAUUUGGUAUCUUUCAAGUCCUGUUUAUAUAGAAUAUCUUGUACGGUUGUCGAAGUGAACAUGCGAGUCUUUUGCAUGUACGUGGCACAAGCAUUUUUUUACCAUCAAAUAGACGGUAACUUUUGUAUUGAUACUUAAAAAUAGACUUGUUUUAUUUCUUUUGCAGCUUAAGGAGAAAACUAAGUUUCGAAGUUAUAUUGAGUACGUUUCCUUUUGCCUGUUAAGUUGAUCCAGGUCCCUGCCGCCGUGUAAGAGCAAGGGUUUUAAUGAGAGACGGUCCUUGACUCUUCAAUCUUCUGUUGCGAAAUUGAAGAAGUUUAUUAAUUCUUCUCUGUAAAUAAUUUUUUCUCAUGCCUGCUAUUGUUCAUCUACCCUAAAUUAUUUAUGUGAGAAUUUUGUUUCAGUGGCGUGAGCAGUUGUUGGUAACAAUAUAAAGAUAUU